AUGCAAAAAAUUCUCUACUAAGUCCAUGAACAAACAAAAACAACCAUAUCUACAAACGAACAAAGUAAAAGCAAAAGGCAAAGUGGUCUGCUUAAUCAUCUUUACCUUUAACUUUAACCUAUCUGCAAUAUAAUGUUUAUUUAAUGCUUCUUUUUCUUCCACAACCCAACACAAAACAUAACCUUUACCAGAACAUGUUCAUUCUUUUAUGCAACGUAUAUAUAUAACAAUCCCAAAAAGAAACCAUUCUCAACAAACAACACAUACACAAAAUCUCAAACAAACAACACACAAAAAAUGGAGAUAUUAUCACAAAUGUGGUCUUUGUUAGGGUUACUUACAGUGCUCCAAAACGUGCUUCCAUCACAGCUUCUCUCUGUGCUUCAUUCACUCUACGAAUCACUUCAAGAUUUGCUUUCUCCAUAUUCCUAUUUCGAAAUCCCCGAAUUCAACGGCUACUGCGGCGUAGAACUCAACGACCUCUACCGUCACGUCCACCUCUACCUCAACGCCGUCAACCACUCCACAUCCUCCGCGUGCCGUCGUCUCACCCUCUCACGCUCCCCUUCCUCCAACCGCAUCUCCUUCGCCGUAGCCCCAAACCACACCGUCCACGACACCUUCAACAACCACCGCCUCUCCUGGACACACCACGUUGACGCCGUACAGGACUCCCUAGAAGAAAAACGCAGCUUCACUCUCCGUUUCCCAAAGCGCCACCGCCACGCGCUCCUCUCGUCUUACCUCUCCCACAUCACCUCACGCGCCGAAGAGUUCGAGCGCGUCUCACGCGAACGGAGACUCUUCACCAACAACAACGGAACCGGUUCGUUUGAAUCCGGUUGGGUUUCCGUUCCGUUUCGCCACCCUUCCACCUUCGAAACCCUAGCAUUGGAGCCAGAUCUGAAGAAACAAAUCAAGGACGAUUUAACCGCUUUUGCUUCGGGUAAAGAGUUUUACCACCGGGUCGGGAGAGCGUGGAAGCGUGGGUACUUGCUCCACGGUCCACCCGGGUCGGGUAAAUCGAGCCUCAUUGCAGCAAUGGCGAAUUUUCUAUGCUACGAUGUGUACGAUUUGGAACUCACCAAAGUUUCUGAUAACUCAGAGCUUCGUUCGCUUUUGAUCCAAACGACGAAUCGUUCAAUUAUCGUGAUUGAAGACAUUGAUUGCUCUGUGGAUUUAACAGCAGAUAGAACCGCGAAGAAAAAUGCUUCAAAGUCUAAGAAACACAAAACGACAUCGUUUUCUGGUUCCAGUUCGGGUUUGGGUUGUGACGAAGGUAGUCGGGUCACGCUUUCGGGGCUCCUGAAUUUUACUGACGGGUUAUGGUCAUGUUGUGGAGAAGAGAGGUUAGUGGUUUUUACAACUAACCAUAGAGACAGUGUUGAUCCUGCGUUGGUUCGGUGUGGACGCAUGGACGUUCACGUGAGUUUAAGCACGUGCGGGGUGCAUGCGUUUAGGGAGUUAGCGAGAAACUACCUUGGGGUGGAGUCGCACGUUAUGUUUGAGGCGGUUGAGGGGUGUAUUCGUUCGGGUGGGUCCCUUACACCGGCGCAUGUGGGAGAGAUUUUGUUGAGGAAUAGGAAGGAUGCUGAUGUGGCAAUGAGGGAGUUGAUGUCUGUUAUGCAAGGGAGGAUGGUGGUUGCUGCGGCUGUUGGUGGUGGUGAUCAGACGGAUAAUGAGGAGGUGGGGGUGGUUGGAGCGAGGUCGCCGGAGAGUGUGCUGAUGAUGGGGUCGCCUGAGAAUUGGGACUCUUUGAGUGGGAAGAAAAGGAAGGAGCAGCAACAUGGGUCGAAUAACUUGGAUAAGAAGGUUAAGUUUUUUGUUAGGUUAAGGUCGUUGACCAAAUCUGAUUCUGGGAGAUAGUGUGCAUUUUAGAAGGAAAUUAAAUGCAAGUGUGUUAUGACAUGUGAUUUUUAUAUGAAACAUGUGGGUUUAGUGUUACAUUAUGUUGUAAAGGAUAUUGAUGUAUGAUUUGAUUCCUCUUUUUAUUUCUUUUGCUAUGUAUGUGUUGUUGAUUUGUCAACGAGUCUUAGAUAUUUAGUCACCAGCCAUAUUUUACUGAAUGCAACUGAGUAUUCUUGAAUUAAUUCAACGAUUAGAGAUGACACCGGGUCGGAUUGGGUGUGGGUUUCACACUAUCUAAAUCUGCACUCAAAAUUACCACUUGAACUUAAAUAUGAACUCAAAGGCUAUUCGGGUGGCAAAAUAGCAUUCACGCCCACAUCUA